UUCACGUUCCCAGCUACGAACUUGUAGGCUACAGUUUUUCUGUAGGACCAUUUUGCCCUUCAUUUCCCUACAGAAAAUUUGCAUUGUCCUUGUAGAUUCCACUUAAAGUCAAAGAUACUCAGCUGAUCGAAAUUUUCCUAACACCGAACUUUCUCGCGCUUUUCUUUCCAUUUUCUCUCAGUUUCUCUCUCUCAUGGCAGUAGUAGGAGGUUGCUACUAGCAGUUGAGAAGAGAGUGUCAAAUGGAUUUGACGGAAGGAGUUGGUGAGAGCUCGUCGCCACCGAGGAGCUUUGGGAACUUCAGCAACUAUGAUGUGAGGAACGCUGUGUACAAUCGUUUGAUGGAGAGUGGCCACAACGAAGCUGUUUCUAAUCCUGAGUUGUUUCGUGAGCUGCUCAAUGUCCACUUCAAUCGCUUGCCUCCUAGUUAUGGACUUGACAUCAACAUGGAUAGAGUGGAGGAUGUUCUGUUACACCAAAGACUUCUUACAUCAGCAAAAGAUCCAGAGAAACAUCCUGUUUAUCAUAUUCGUUUCUUGGAGAAUCUUUGCUCCAGAAAAGAAGAUGGUGAUGACCAACAAUUUAUGAACAUUAUUUCCAUUGAGAGGCCAGAUUUUGAUGCAGACAAUGGGGUUGUGAAAUCAAAUAAGAGAAUCAGGGAUUGUACAAUUGACUUUGAGCCCUGCUCUAAGCUCGAGGAUCUAAAUUUGGAUGUCAGAAAGAAUUCCAAAGGCCUAGAGGAAAUGUAUCAUGGAGAGAAUGUUUCUAGAAGGCAAGAAUUUGUACAUGUUCCAAUACAUGAAGUAAUAUUUUCCACCAUUGACAAGCCAAAGCUUCUUAGUCAGCUUUCUGCUUUGCUUUCAGAUAUAGGACUUAAUAUCCGUGAAGCACAUGUGUUCUCAACAAUGGAUGGCUACUCUUUGGAUGUAUUUGUGGUGGAUGGAUGGCCUGUUGAGGAUACAGAUGGUUUAUAUAAGGCUAUGGAAAAAGCAAUUUCUGGAAGUGAGGGGUCAUGGUCUGGUUCUUCACACUUUCAUUCAGCGGUGGAUAAAGCUUCAGCAGCACAAGCAAAAUCUGGAGAUUGGGAAAUAGAUGGACGAUUAUUGAAAAUAGCGGAAAGAAUUGCAUCUGGAUCUUGUGGAGAUCUGUAUCAUGGAGUUUACCUCGGUCAGGAUGUUGCUGUUAAAAUUCUUAUAUCUGAGCAUUUAAAUGAUAGAAAAGAAGAGGAGUUUGCUAAAGAAGUUGCAAUUUUAAGGCAAGUCCAACAUAGAAAUGCCGUUCGUUUUAUUGGUGCAUGUACACAUUCUCCACAUUUGUGCAUAGUAACAGAGUAUAUGCCUGGUGGAAGUCUUUAUGAUUUCUUGCAUAAGAAUCAUAAUUUAUUGAAGCUCCCGCAGUUGUUGAAGUUUGCAAUAGAUGUUUGCCGAGGCAUGGAAUAUUUGCAUCAAAACAAUAUAAUUCAUAGGGAUUUGAAGACAGCAAAUUUGUUAAUGGACGCUCACAAGGUUGUUAAAGUGGCAGAUUUUGGAGUUGCUCGGUUCCAGAAUCAAGAAGGUGUGAUGACAGCAGAGACCGGAACAUACAGAUGGAUGGCACCCGAGGUUAUAAACCAUCAACCAUAUAAUCAAAAAGCAGAUAUAUUCAGUUUUGCUAUUGUACUGUGGGAGCUGGUAACAGCCAAGGUGCCAUAUGAUACCAUGACUCCACUACAGGCUGCCCUGGGAGUAAGACAGGGACUGCGUCCUGAACUUCCCCAGGAUGCACAUCCAAAGCUAUUAGACUUGAUGCAGAGAUGCUGGGAAACAACGCCUGCGAAUCGACCAUCCUUCUGUGAGAUAACAGUUGAACUUGAAAACCUUCUCCAAAACGUUCAGGUAAAAAAUCUUUCAAUAACCACCUCCACUCUCUGUCCCACAAAAUUUGAAAUAAGCUAGCUAUGCUUCAUGUGCAUCUGACCAUGCAUUCACUUGUUAGGAAACUAAGGAUGCAGUGAAUGGCAGCUGAGCCAUUGCUGCGUGCAAUAUGGUUACGAUACUAACAAUUACAUUUUGAUGUCUUCCUUUUGUCAUGGUUCCUCCAGAACAGUUAAUAGAGUGUUUAUGUACAGCCAAGGGAAAAAAAAUUAUAUAGUCUGUCCAUUACAACACUAAAGAAACAAAGAGCGCCAUGAUUAGUGUUUUUUCGCAACAAUAGCAGUUUCUCAUACAGGAGUUCCCAUGCACAGUUGUAAAGUUUUUGAUUAGUGCUAUUUGGUAAGAAAUGAGUAACAAAACUGAAAUAGUGCUUUGGGCUAAUAGUUGGAUGGUCCAAGUGUUUGUUUUGUAAUAUAGGAUUGGAAAAAAAAUAUAAUUAAGUAAUCAGUACUUUUGUGUUUUUUCAA